AUGGGGAGUGAACAUUUAUUAAAUGGUGAGGAAUUGAUUACUAAGCAAAACAGUAUCAUAAAAGAUCUACCAACUAAAGGAUUGAAAGAAUUUUCUCCUAACAAAUCAUGGAUUGAGAAGAAACAAAUCGAGAAGAAGUUAGAAGAAAAGUUUGAUUUUAUCAACACUGAAAGAAUUGAAAAAAGUAACAGCUUAUCUGUUGCUGAGUGGAUUCCGUCCCUAGGAAAAGCUAAAGUCCUUAAAAAAAUUGGAAAACAAUGGGAAACUAUAGGACACCAUCAAGAUAAUGAAGAUUGGUUACUACCUGAAGAAGUUCUCUUCUUGGUUGAAAAUUGUGAACUUGAACUGAUUUUGAACAAUGUCAGCGCAAGUAUUGAAGAAUGUUAUGAUAUAUUGCUCCAGGAUGAAUUGUGUUCUUUUGAUGAAUAUAGAGUAUAUUCCUACCUUUGCAGAGCAGGAUUGCGGGUAAUAAGGCAUUCUCCUUCUGUCACUGUUACUCCCUAUGAACAAAGGAUUAAUCUUGAUACAAUUCUGCAAAAAUCUAAAAGGUCCCCACCUAGUACUUCAUCAGUUAAGUUGGAUGACAAUGAAGUGAUGAUAAUUGAUGAAAUCAAUAUUUUAUGUGAUUCACCGGAAAAAGAAACUGGUGAUUACUCUGAGAAACAAAGUACUUCUAAUAAUGAAGUUAUAGAAAUUGAAGAUGAUAUUGACCACAACUCAAUUAUUGAGGAAUUAUUGGAUAGCAGUGAUGAUUCAAGUGAUAUUAUAUGCAUUUCUUCACCUUCCUACACUUCUACUGAACAUUGUCAGUUAUGGUAUCCUAACAUAAAGCAGUGUCUCUUAAGGUCAAUGGAAAAAGUUAUAGACUUGUGCAGUGAUGACUCCCCUAAUGAUUAUAAACAAUUGAUUCAUAAUAAGUUAGAUUUAAUUAAAUUUUCAAAAGCUGAAGUAUUAUCCCUUUUGCCUAGUGCUGUAAAUGGAGUCACAGUUAUACAUUCUCCAGACAGCAGGCUAUUACCCUCUAAUAUAGUACCAAAAUAUUCAGAGUAUAAAGUUAAUUUAAAUAUUCGAUCAGAUUAUCGUGUCUCAAAUAAUUUUAAACCUCAUUACAACCCAGUGUCUAGGAUGCCCCUCACUAACAUGUCUAAUAGUUCACAUAUGAAUCCUGAAUUAAUGACCAAUCCUCUCUUCCGAAAGGCAGAAGAAAUGCAGGCUAUGGCAGUGAGUAUGAUACAGACUGCUAGUACGUUGAUGUCUGCUUUAAGUUCUCAAAAUCCGAAUGAACUUUGGAAUUUUGUAGAUAGAAGAAGCCAAGAAACGAGAUUUCAUCCAAGGUUUAGAGAUUUUCAACAACAAAGGCCUUAUUUUCGUUUUCCUAGAAGAAAUUUUAGACCAAUGAGAAGAAGACACCCUUAUGAAAAAAUUGGUGAGAGAAGGUUUGCUAGAAGAUUUAAUGAUUUUAAUAAUUCUUAUGGUGUAGAUCUCCAUUCUACCAAGGAUUUUUCUUCAGAAAUCAAAGUGGAAACUGUUGUGCUUUCAGAUGAUGAUGAUACAAAUAUUAAAAAAGAUUCAUUCACCGUUGAACUUAACAAUUCUAAAAGAAAGAGAAUGGAUUGUGAUAUCACUUCUAAAAAAUUAAAAACUGAAAGUGAUCAUGACUCAUUGUUUUUAGAAGAACCAAAUUUAAAAGAAAAAGAAAAGAUUAUAGAUAUUUCUAUUGAAUCUAAUGAUUACGAACAUUCUGAAAUGAUUGUUAAUAAAAAAGAUGAUAUUAAAGAAGAGAGUUGUGAUUUGGUUGAUUGCAUUGAAAUUGAUGAGGUUGUUGACAGUUCACAAUAUGAAAUUGAUAAAAAAAGUUCAUUAAGAAUGCCACCAACUUCUGAAAAGAAUAAGGAAAGUAGAAAUUUGGAGCCUAAAAUAACUUUAAAUAGUAAUAAACAAAAUACUACUAAUUCAAAUAAUACUUUUAAAAAUAUAGAACUCAAUGAAGAAAAUAAUAUGCAAGUAGCAAACUCUGAAAUACAGGACAGUCAUAACAUUGCUACAGAGCAAAGAAAUGAACAAAACGUCCAAGAAAGCUCAUGUGACAGUACAGAUCAAGCUUCAAUUGGAACUGAUGUAGAAUUGUGUAAAAAGAAUAAAUUAGAAACCAUAUCAGAAAAUAAUAUUUUAAUUAAAAACAGUUGCAAAGAAAUAGUGAAUAUAACAAGUAGUAAUCUUGAUAAUAAAAUUACGAGUUGGGAGGAAUAUAAAAAUGCUGAUGACUCUCAGUUAAGUGUUGAGGAAGGGGACUCUGAGACUAUAUUGCGGUUUGAAGACUGUAGUAAUUAUGGUGAUGUAUUGAAUGCUCUUCAAAUUUUCAAAGCAAUAAAUUUGAACAAAACAAGGAAGAAAAUCAAAAUUACGUAUGAUGUUUAUCUUCCUGGAGCAAGUUUUAAAAAAACAUUAAAAGUUCUUCCGAAUUUCAGAGUAAUCAUUUUAAAAUCUAGUGAAGAAUUGCCUACACCAGUAGAUCUGCAGUGCUUAAAAACCGAAUAUCAAGAUCAAAUACCAUUCCUUUUUACUAUAGCGUUUAAUGAAACAAUAGGAUUUUAUAUAUAUGAUACUAUUUCCUUACCACCUGUUUUUGAUUAA